UUCAGUCUUGAGUCAAGUCAGUGUCAUGAUGUUACUCAGAUAGAUUCUUUCAUAUAAAAUGAGUCAAAUUGAAAUUACAGACAGUAAGUAACUUUGUGCAGUGUUUCUUGAACUUAAUAUUUUUAAUCAUCGAAAAUGCAUGUUAUUGGCAAUCUAUUAGUAUUAUUGCCCAAAUAAGAGUGUGCAUAUAAGACGAUUGAUUUUCUGGAACUUGAGUGAAGAAAACACCACUGUCGUGUCAGUAUCCAAUGUAGUAAUGGACCGAGCCUUAAAACCUUUCCCACAAGAAUGUCUCAUGGAAGAAGGGGAGGAAGAGGGAGAUACAAUGGAGGCCAUGGAGACAGCUCCAGUACCCCCAGCCGUGAGACGGAGGCCGUACGGAGCCCGACGCAGGACCAGGUCGACCGGCAGUCUGCCGUUUGUCUGGCAACGGCCCAGUGAUGACUCCAGUAGCAGUGUAGGGGACUGGGGACAGCCUCGUGGAGAUAAAGGCCUCUCAAGUAUACAUCAGAGUGACUCAGACGACGUGCAGGAAUGCCCCGCAAUGUUCAGUCUGCAAGAGAAACGUCAUCUGCUCCACGUAGGCAACAUGGAGUCAGACUCGGUCAACGAGAACUUCUCUCCAAUACGGCCCAGCACACGACGCAAAAGGAAGUUCAAGCGUAUGGCAGUGGAUGUAGAGAUGGCAUCUACGUCAGUUCGACCUCCAAUGUCUUGUAUGGUGGUUAGCAGCGGCAAGAAGAAACGAGUCUUUCGACACGUGCCUAACUGUGACAAUAGGUACUGUGUGACCAGUGCUAACUGCGGGAAACGCAAACGCAGUGUGCGAACAGAGAGUCCGAGAGUGCUGGGGUUUGCCGCACCGAGGGAAGACACUACAACUGCGCUUCACCGCCUGAGUCUGCGUGAUGCACCGGCCACAGCCACCGUGACACCAGCCACACCAGUACCGAGCAGUAGCAGCGUGAGUAGCAGUGAGAGUGACACUGGGGUGUUUACCAACGAUGAGGGACGGGAAGGUGAUGAUGAGCAGAGUGACUGGUUCGGAGAGGCAGUAGGAGCCAAGGGUUGGUGGGCCGACUCUGACAGAGAUGAAGAUAUGGAACCGACCUUCCAGGCCAUUUUGUCUGGUAAUUUGGAGCAUAUGUCUGAGCGAGCCAAGCAGAUCAGUCGCAUUCUGGCCGACCGCAUGGGUAAAACUGGAGGAAGGGAGAUCAGAGGGGGAAGACGACGAGUCAGAGCAGAGAAACCUGGCUUCAGUGUUCUCACAUCUGCCAAUGAGAAACUGUCAAAAUUUCUACAAGAUCCUGCUCAGUCAGAGUUGCGACUUCAUCCAAUGCAGAAGAAAGAACGAGAACAGCUGUGUCACCUAGCAGAUCUUUACUCUCUUAAUAUGAGACUCUCUGAGCCGUCUCGCAAAGGGCUCACCUGUCCUGUCCUCACCAAGACCAGUAACACAGUAAGGGUGGAGCAACUUCCCCUCUCAAGACUCAAUACUCUUGGAGACUUCAAAAGGCGAAGGAAAACUCCCCCAAGCGGACAUAUGUCUUCACCUCCUGAUGUAGAUAGUGCCAAGACAAAACUUUUACGGGCAAAACAUAUGGGUCACAAGUCCAGCUAGAAGCCCGUUUUUGUGGCAACUUUCAGAUCUCUUCGAGUGUCUAUAUAGAGUAGUUUUAAAAGACUUAAAUAUUAAGUAUUUUAAUCUCAAGAUUACUUUAAUCUUAGAAUUGUCUUUUUAUAAUGUUGAUCAUUCUUUUUAUUUGUAAUCAUUUGUAACUAUUUAGAAUUUGUUGUUUUGUUUAUUUCACAAAAAAUGUGUUGGUUUUUGUUUAAAAGAGUGUUACUGAAAAUAGUUAUCUCUAUUAAUUUGAUGUAGCCUACAAUUAUUUUUUUGUUUUAAUUACCUACACAAACAAACAUACCGGUUUUGUUUAUGGAAGAACAGGUCAAAAUGAUUUAUGUAUUAUUAAAUAUCGGUAACAAGUUGAUUUCAUUUUGUACAAUAUACAUUUUUAUUUCACCUAUUGUCAUUAAAUUGCACUAAUUCCAAGUAUGUUUAAGAUGUAUGAUCAAAUGUGACAUUAGUGUUACUCACUCUGUUCUCAAAAGUACUCUGUUCCAAAAAAAUAUACAAACAAAUUAAAUUAGUAAAAAUCUAUGAUGAAGAAUACAAUUACUAUUAAAGACAAAAUAAGACUUCCUUGCAAUUUAGGAGAAAAUUGACUCCUAAAAUUUAGAUUUCUUUAGCAGUGGGGAACUUUAGUCCAUACUUGAACAUACCAUGACAUAUUAAACUAUUUUCAUUGGACGCUAAGCUACUUAUUCAUCUGUAAGUGAACAAAGUGAAAAUUAUAGAUAGACAUAUCCCUGAAUUUACUCAAACACUUAAGAGGGUUUUACCAGGUCAAUUCAAGAUGACAUCUAAACAUGCUAAUUUCCUGAACAUACCUCUACAGUACAAGCUAUCAACAUUCUAAAACUAAUUGUUUCCAUUAAAUGUGUGCUUGUUGUGCUCUUAACAUAUCAGAGCUUGCAGUGGGUGGAGCAAAAAUAAUUUUAACUAUUAUUUAUAAGUUAAAAUCGCAUGUAAAAUAGACUGAUUUACGGAUUUUCAAAAUGAUUUUGUAAAUACUUAAAGAAACAAUUACGAAGUUUCAGUUCAACCAGUGCAUAGUUUGGAUCUUUGUGAAUAUUUUACAGUUUAUUUAAACUCGAUAAACACUUAAAUAAUGCCAGGAGGUUCUUUUUUGUAGGACCAUGUUUACGUGGUAAACAGCUGGCGGGUAAAUCACCGGACAGACGUCUCUUAGGUAAAGAGGGUGAUUUGAAUAACAGUUAAAUUGAGAGGUGUAAAAUAUUGCUAAGGAGCAAAUGUGAAAUACUCAUAAAUAAACAUGUUCAACUAUGACUCCUGUUGUUUCAUAUAGAAAACAUGUUAAGUUUAUGAAUGAUUAGGCUAAAAAAUUCAAACCGUGUACUGUAGUGCUCUACAGUGUAUUAAACCUACUACAACCAGAAUAAUCCUGCGAGAUAAUACUCAUUGAUGGUUCUAAAAUGUAUAUUUUUUAUUUAUUUCAUAUAUAUAUAUAUUUAUUUUACUAAUUCAACAUUAGUUUAUUUGUAAUAUCCAGAUUAUUGUGUUAGUGACAAUGAGUCGAUUUCAUCAUCUCAUCAUAUCUAAUAGAAUUAGAAUGUCUACUGUGUUAUUUCAUUUCAAAUACAUAUACACAAGUAAGAUAUAUAUUAUGAUGAAGGUUGUUUCAAUUCCUGUGUGUUUUGUGAGAGUAGACUAGUUUGUGUGUGUCGUUUUCAUUAUCAAUCAACUGUACCUCCUUUGUUCCUUUUUAGUAUAUUACACUAUUUUUAUUUAUGUUAUUUAACUUAUUGUUUAUGUUGUAAAUUAUAUAUUGCUGUACAAUUUUUAUUCACUGCCUUAACAGCUGUGUACAAAUAUAUUGAUUUGUAGUUAAA